GCCUAUAUAGCCUACGACAGCCAAAUAAUAAUGAAUCAUUUCAUAAAUAAUGGGUUUAAGGUCUUAUCGGGAACGAAGAGGCCGCUGCCGUGCGCUUAUCUCGCCUGGCCACAUUGCGGUCGUGUUCCGCUGCACAAACUGAGCGGGCGCCCUGGACGCAAUGAGGAAUAACUCAAACCUCACUUCCAGUUCCACACUGCACUUCACCAGCACAAAAAAAACUCAGACAUGGAUGACCCACUCACAAAAUGGCUCCACUUUCACACUGACAUCAACAACACGUCGGGAACGUGUGGUGUUUUCGACAGCUGAUUUAUGGAAAGGCAGGACAUAACUACAACGUGAUGAAAUUAUGGAAAAAAUUAAACCGGAGCUUUGUCCUGGAAGUCCCGGUGCCAAAUCGUGCAGCCCACUGAAGCAGGAUUCCACCAUCAGGGGGAAUGGAUGCAAAGACCCGGAGGACUCGAAGGAGGAUAACUUCACAGGGGAGGGGGUUAAAACAGAUGACGCGCCUCUGCGGGACCCGCGCAACCGGACCAUCAUCCUCAACGGCGUUGCCAAGGAAACAGCUUACGACGCUCUUGACCUGAAAAGGGAAGUACCAGUAAUCGAGCUCUCGAGGAGAGACGAUAUAAAGGCGGGACAGCAGAGAACGGACAGUCCCACGGUACCGAUCACGGAGCUUCGCAGACCACCCGUGCCGUUGCCGCUGCCGCACCGAGACGCGCUGAACGACGCCCGAAUGGUUCAGCUGAGCCCAAACGCGUUCCCUCUCCCAGCGCGAGCGAUGCUUUACAACCUGGCGCAACCUCUCUCCGCAAUCAACAGUCUUGGAGGAGAGUCGGAACAAUACUGCAUGUACCCCAGCAACAGGGUAAAGCACCGCCCAGCGCCUUACGAGGUUGAGCUCGACGAGGGUAGGCGCAUUUUAGAUCUUUCUAAGUAUGCUGGCCAGCCAAAGAUUGUACGACGGAUCUUCACCAACAGCCGGGAGCGCUGGCGGCAGCAGAACGUCAACGGAGCAUUCUCAGAGCUCCGGAAGCUCAUCCCCACCCACCCACCGGACAAGAAGCUGAGCAAGAAUGAGAUACUGCGUCUGGCCAUGAAGUACAUCAGCUUCCUGUCCAACCUGCUGGAUGACCAGGACGGAGGGGGCACAGUGGCCGUGGGCGACGAGACAGGGCUUCUGGUGGGGGGCUGUGAGGGUCGACCCCAGGGGCCCCGUCAGGACGUGGUGGGACUGGCCACGGAGGAUGACCUGCUCCUCCAGGGCACGUUGUCGCCCGGGUCCAGCUGCGGGAGUCUGCCAGAUGGGGACGGCAGCCCAGAGAGCUUCACCGAGGACCGGGACUCACCCACAGCCCAGAGGACUGUGCCUGCCCCGCGCGGUAGGGAACUGCGACGCAACGUGCGUCCACAAGACAGCGGCAGCCAGCGAUGACGGUGAUGAUAAUGGUGGUGACAGUCAUAACGAUGAUGGUGAUAGAGUUGACGAUGAGGGAGUUGAUGGUGGACCGCAGGAAAACACAUGGAUUGACUUAUUUCCCUGAAAGAUGGAUGACUUAAAUAUGGAUGACAAGGGAUUCAUCUAAAGAGCGGUGCUUUAGGUUCUGGAAGCAUGCUGAUGACAGAAUAUCACUUCGUCAGGAUUCUAAUCAGCUCAUACUGAAGUCAAUGGCAGCUUGCUUGGCAUGGUCAUUAUUUGUUCAAUUGGUUGACAAAACAACAGACUUGUAAAUUCUGCAUGCUUUUAAUGCUGUCUAUGACCUGGGUUGAGGGACACCUCAUAUUUCCUGAGUUGUGAAUGUUCAAAUACAGUGUGCUUCUGUUACACUAUCAUGUCAUGAGUAGUAUACAUCCUAUGUCAUCAUCAUAGAAGUCACUCAUGCCAUGGUACCAUGAGGUGACGCAAUGGAGGUUACACCAGGAAAUGGCAAUGGGAAUGCUGUCAUGUUCUCACCUUGGGUUAAGAUCCAACUUCACCAGUUGUCAAUGAGGGCAUUCUAACUCUUCUGAAUAGUCAAGUUUACGACAACAACACAGCAACAGCAUAGCUGUUUCACUGAUAGCAAUGGAUUGAUGUCAAAUCCUCACAAUAAAAUACACACUUAAACAAGCAUUAAAGACAAUUAUUUGCUUGAAAAAUGUGUUAUCUUAAAGUUUUAGCACUCACAACACAUGAUCAAACAUGCACAUAUACCAAAAUAUUUUUACAGUGGUUCAUGUCAAGUGAUGUGAUUCGGCAGUUUGAUAUAUUUUAGACAGGGUUUUCAUUUUUUUUUUUUUUUUUAGAUUCUGCUCAGUGCUCCUUAUUACAUUCAUUCAACAGUGGACAAACAACAUGUUCUCUAGAAAAUGUUUGACAAACACAUAUAAUUAUAUAAAUGUGGUACCUUAUUUAUAUUUUUUGUCACACAUAACUGAUUAGCAUUAAGUAAAACACCCCAGAGUAACAUGGCAACUGACCGUGAACCAUGUGCACACACACACACACACACACACACACACACACACACACACACACACACACACACACACACACACACACACACACACACACACACACACACACACACACACACACACACACACACACACACACACACACACAUAUCAAGUACAAUCUGAUUUCUGAGACACACUGCCAUAGCAUGUAGAUGAUGGACUUAUGUGCAGCAAGGUAACUAGCAAUUACAUCUACCAGAGGAUAAUACAUUUUCCUGUCAAGAGGUACAAAUAGUGUUUCCGUAACUGAUGUCCAAUGAAAUCAUAUGAUGACUCACCCAAUCAUUUUGUGUAUUAUACAUUUCUAUUUCAGUGUUUUUUUCAUUGUAAUGCAGUUGUGAUUUGGUAUGGUACACUUAGUAUAUCACCUUCCUCUUCUCUGUUGGGAUCAGCAACGACAUCAGCAGUUUUAUGUCAGUAAACAGUGAGAUGUACAUCCCUGCUGUUUGGUUAUUUGAUUGCUGCUUUUUCAGCAGACAUUUAGUAGCCCGUCUUGGUACCUUUGGUUACUAUUUUAUGAACUACAGUAAAGCAAAGGGACAUUGUAGUUUUAAGUAAAAAAGCAUGUUUGUUGUAUGAUAAAUAUAUCUAUGACUAUAUGCAAUGACUUUUAUAUAAAAUGCUGAAUAAAAUGAACACACAAAAACGCAAAAUACUGCCAUACAAAAUACUCCUUAUGUGUGUUGUAAACCAUGACAAUUGUGUGUUCUAAACCAGACAAUUUUUUCAAUCAUAUUUAUAACACAGAUUUGUACAUUUUUGUUUUGCAUUUUUCUUUAUUUACUUAUUUCUCAGGAAUCAUUACCCAUAUAUAAUUAAGACUAUGGAACUAAUGUGUUAGGAAUAUUUGAAAACAACUUGUUCUUACAUUUUAAAGCUGAAUUCAUCUCAAAUGGACCAAUCUCUCCCUGUAACACAUCCUACUGCCAAGCAAUGUGAAGUAAAUCCAUAACCCCCCACAAGGCAUGCAAAACACUCCCACUCGAGUCUGGAAUCCUCACUUCCUCUAAGCAAGUGACAACUUCCUGCAAAGGUCAGCAUGGCUCAGUGACCUUCAGGAUAUCCUGCCAUUGUGAAAGUGGUUCACAGUUUUUAGAUUCUCCACACUCGCAGACUGUCUGCAGCAUUACCAAACAAUCACAACCAACAUGGAGAGUUAUUCAAAAAGUAAACCACAGACAAAGUAAUAAUCCAUAAACGCUACAUAUAAUGCAUAAUCGCUGUAUCAACCAUUUUAUUUAAUGAUAAUAUUGCAGUAAAAAUAUGUUUCUGUUUUUGUAUGAA